CGUUUGCCGCUUGUCUUCCAGCAGUUAUUUACUAAAAUUCUGACAGUAAAGAUGGUUUCACAAACCACGGCUCCCCCGGCGGAUGAACGUAACAUUGAAAUAAAAGCACGAGUUGGUUCAGACGAGGAAUUUACCAAGCGCGUGGAAAUUGCCAAGACACUUACCAAAUCCAAUGGAGAGGUUAUAGUUCAACGUGAUGUCUUCUUCAAUUCACAAAGUGGUCGCUUAAAAUUGCGUUAUCUACAGCCACCGGCCAGGUCACAAUUGGUCUACUAUGAUCGUCCCGAUGUGGCCGGUCCCAAACUUUCGAAAUUCAACAAAAUCGAAGUGGAUGAACCCGAGGUAUUGGAGAAAAUUCUAACACAGAGUAAUGGUGCCAAAGGCAUUGUGGCCAAAACUCGUUAUUUAUUCAUGUACGAACGUACGCGCAUACAUUUGGAUAAAGUUGAGCAGCUGGGCAACUUUAUGGAAUUUGAAGUGUGUUUGCUGCCCGAACAAACCAUAGAAGAGGGACAGGCAGUGGCUGAUAAGCUGAUGAAAGAGUUUGGAAUACAAGAGGCAGAUUUAAUGACGGGAGCUUAUUUUGAUGAAAUUAAAUCAUAAUUGUAAAAGGUGAAAAAGUGAUGCGGGGUAAGAUGAUGUGAUGUGUACACAACAAACCAAUACAAGAAUAAAUGUUUAACUUGUGGUGAAAAAA